CAAAAGUCAGUCUAAGAAUGACUUGAGCACCCUAGUGUACCCACGGGAGAAAUAAGGCCAGAGAGCCAAAAUAACAGAAGAAAAAGUAAUGAAGAAGGCUCUCAUGAGUACACCGGAAUCAUUGCCGGACAAUACCAUUAUUGAUUUCCGUGCACCGCCACCUUCUCCAGUUGCCUCUGGCCGGCGAUCUUCCUUCAACAAUGAAGAUGCUUUGUCUGAAUUCUUGGAAAAUUCCCUCGAAGUUCCUGACCUCAUUCUUCCUGAUCGCGUUUUUCCUCAACAGAAAUCCCUUCAAAACCCGCCAAAGCUUGAUUUUCGGUAUUUAAACUCGAUUGAAAAUGAUUCGGUCACCAAGUUUGUCGAUUCUGUUGCUCGAAUUGGAUGUUUUGAGGUUGUCAACCAUGGAGUUCCUGAGGGGCUGAUCAAAUCUGUUUUGGCUGCUGGGGCUGGAAUUUUCGGGAUAUCACAAGAGAAAAGGAAGUUGGUGACGAGAUCGCUGGAGAAGCCAUAUGGGUUCGAAGAGUUUCAUGGGGAAGAGGAGAAAGCUGUUACUGAAGAAUUUGUUUGGUCACAAGAUGAAAGCUUGAAGAUGGAUAUGGAGGGAAUCUGGCCAGGUGGAUAUUCAAAUUUCAGUGAAAGGAUGCAAAAGCUUGUGUUAGCCAUUGAGAACGUGGCCGUCACAGCUUUGGAAUUUCUGGAGCAGAACACAUCAACUAUAACCAGGGAAAAUGUAAAACAGGAUCCAGAAUUUGGUCCAAUCUGUUACCUCCACAAGCAUAAUGGCCACAUUAUAAAUGGAGAUCAGUCUGUAAAUUCAGUACUGAGAUAUGAUGUUAUCAGGAUGCUGGUUAGAGGAUCUGAAUUCCCUCAUGCAAUAUGUUUGCACAUUUGCGAUGGAGCUGAAGAAUUCCACGUCUAUUCCAAGAAAGGUUGGGCCUCUUUUUGCCCAGAUCAGGGUACCAUAAUAAUCACCACCGGAGAUCAAUUACAGGCAAGCGGCAAGGGACCAUACAAGCAUGUCAUGGGAAGGCCAAUAUUCAGAGGUGCUGAUCAAGAACGCAUGUCCAUGGUCUUUCCGUAUCCUUCAGUCAUCCUCAAAUGUGAUAAACAUCACAAGGAACAAAAAAUUUCAAUUUGUUGGCAAUUUAUAGCUACUCUUAUACUGACACUUUUCUUUCAUUUUGCUGUCCGCCUUCAAAGCCAUACAAGGAAAUAGUGACUUAUCAGCAAUGUAUAUUCAUAAGCUUCUAAUUUGCUAAUUCCAUGCCUUUUUUUUGUCA